UUAAUCUUUUGUAGUGACUGAUUAUGUCAACGUUUUCCCCAAAUUCAUGGUGAAGCAAAGUGUUGUAACUAGUGCUGCUUGGUCUUCAUCUCUAGAAGCGUUUCUUUGCUUGGGAAUGGCUCUGGUGUGUUUGUCAGACUUUGAAGCUUAUGCUAAAAAGCAUCUUUCCAAGGCAGUUUGGGAUUUUGUGGCUGGUGGUGCAGAUGAAUGUUGGACCCGGGAUAACAACCUUAUGGCAUAUAAGAGAAUCUAUUUACGGCCACGUUUGCUGCGAGAUGUAUCAGCUGUGGACACAAAGACCACUAUUCUUGGUACUGAGAUCAGCUUCCCAGUAGGGAUUGCCCCCACUGGAUUCCAUAAGUUGUUUUGCCCUGAUGGAGAGCAGAGCACAGCAAGAGCAGGUGCAGCCAUGAAUAUCUGCUACAUUCCCAGCACUUAUUCCACAUGCUCUGUGGAAGAAAUUGCUGCGGCCGCCCCUGCUGGUGUCCGCUGGUUCCAGCUCUACAUCCACCGGAGGAGAGACCUCUCUGAGCAGCUAGUGCGGCGGAUGGAAGCCUCGGGGUUCCAGGCCCUGGUGGUCACGGCUGAUCUGCCAUUCGCUGGCAAGAGGCGGGAUGACAUCCGAAACAGUUUGCAGUUCUUGUCUUCUAUGACACUCAAGAACUUUGAAGGAGCCUUUGAGGAAAAUGAUUAUUCAGAGUAUGGGCUGCCCCGGGACUCCAUAGACCCCUCUGUCAGCUGGAAGGAUAUCGCUUGGUUAAAGAGCUUGACACGUCUGCCUCUCAUCAUCAAGGGGAUUCUGACAAAGGAAGAUGCAGAACUAGCAGUGAGACACGGAGUUCAAGGGAUUAUUGUGUCCAACCAUGGAGGAAGACAGCUGGAUGGGGUACAUGCAACGAUUGAUGCUCUAGCUGAAGUUGUAGCAGCCGUGCAAGGAAAAGUUGAAGUUUACCUGGACGGUGGGAUACGAACAGGAAGUGAUGUACUGAAAGCAUUAGCAAUUGGGGCGAAAUGUGUCUUCAUCGGAAGGCCUGCCAUUUGGGGUCUGGCUUAUAAGGGUGAAGAAGGAUUGCUACAAGUUUUGAAGAUUUUAAAAGAUGAAUUUUCCAUGUCAAUGGCCCUGGCUGGUUGCAGAAAUGUUUCAGAAAUUGACCAGCGUCUUGUUCAGUACUCCAGAUUGUAAAUGAUGUUCCUGCAGUGCUCAGCCAACAGAAAAGAUCUAGCACUACGAAGUCCUCCAGUGAUUGGGAAGAAUAAAGACUAGCCAGUAUGUCAGAACACAUCCUGUCAUUCCAUCCUGUCCUGUUCAAUAUGUGGGACAAAGCAGACUGUUUAAUUGUGAGUGGUUAAAUGGAUUUAUUGUCGAAGUCUUUCAUGGCCAGAAUCACUAGGUUGUUGUGAGUUUUCUGGGCUGUAUGACCAUGUUUCAGAAGCAUUCUCUCCUGAUAUUUCACCUGAAUCUGUGGCAGGCAUCCUCAGGGGUUGUCUGGAGAGACGUCAGGAGAGAAUGCUUCUGGAACAUGGCCACACAGCCCGGGAAAACUCACAACAACUCGGUUAAAUGGAUUGUUCAGGACAUCUAUUUGCAGCAAGCUGCAAGAAAUCAUGAGUAACACAUAGUGUGACAAAUUAUCUCAGCAACCUUUUUGGUGAUGACACUGCUCUGUGCCUCUUCAACUCCAGGGAGAGAGUGCUGGAAUCACAAGGUUUUACCAGUGUGGCAAAGGGAACAGUGAUACAUUUUAUGUAUUAUCAGAAGUUUACAAGAUCAGUGACAUUUUAAAUCAAGUCCUGAAUUACCAUCGCAUCAAGCACCUGGACAUUACCAUAUUCUCAAGAUUGGCAAAUGGAAAAAACAAUUUCUAUGCAACUUUGCCCAUGUCAAUGUACAGGCGAAAACCCUAAUUGGUUGUUUCCAUCAACCCUAGCAAGACCAGCUGUUAAACUGUUUAUUUCCCAGCCAGUUGUGAAUGCAAUGCAAAAAUCAGAAUAUAUAUUUAAAAUGGAAUAAUGAAAACUCAAAGCUGUUGUGCACUGUUAAAGCAUCUUAAUUUUUAAUGUGUUCUGAAUAAAUGAAUAUGUGAA